AUGCAAGAGUUAGGUUUACUAUUUGAAGAAAAAAUGGAAGAAAUGUACAGAAAAGAAUUAAAAGAACUAUCAGAAGAACAGAAUCCAGAACAAAAUGCAGAUGAAAAUGAAUCUGAAGAGGAGCUUUCAAUUGAAGACCAAAUUAAACAAGAAUUGUCUGAAUUAAAACCAAAAACUAACGAUGAUGGUUCAAAAAUUAGAAAGAAGGAUCCACUAUCUUUUAUAGAUUUGAAUUGUGAAUGUGUUAUAUUUUGCAAAACUCGUAAACCUAUUGUACCAGAAGAUUUUGUGAAAAAAAUUAUUGAAGAUUUAGCUGAUCCAAAUGAUAUGCAAAAGAGAACUCGUUACGUCAUGAAAUUAACACCAAUAACAAACUCUUGUAACGCAACAAUGGAACAAUUUAUAUUAUUAUUAAAUCGUGUGUUAGCACCACAUUUCCAUGAAGCUGAUAAAGCAGAAAAGAGCAUUAAAUUUGCAGUUGAUUUAACAAGACGUAAUUUCAACACUAUAGAAAGAAUGGAUUUGAUAACACAAGUAGUGAAACAGGUCAUUAAAGAUGGGAAAUAUAAACAUGUCGUUGAUUUAAAAGCUUAUGAUAAAUUAAUUCUCGUGGAGUGUUUUAAAAACAAUAUUGGUGUAUCAGUAGUCGAUGGAAGUUUUGGUUCAAAAUACAAGAAAUAUAAUGUUCAACAAAUAUUUGAAGCUAAGAUGAAAGCUAAAGAUAAACAAAAUGAACAGAAAUAG